GUAUAGUCGUUUCCAAGCAAUCGCCUGCAAAGGAAAGAAAUCGCAAUAGGGAAAUCCAAUAAGAAAGAUCAAAAAUAUAAAUUGUUAAAUUAUGGCGUAGUCAAUGAAACCAGAAAACGAUUGGAAAUCGAGUUACUUCGUCAGUCGCGCUUGAAAUGUCUGUGAGGUCGUAUGUGAAAAGGUGUCGAAAUGGGUAAAAAAGUCAGAAGAGUUGAAACUGUAGAAAAAAGUGCUGAUAGAUUACUUAAAAAAAUGACGAAAGGACGCAUAUCACCUAUUAAAAAAAAUAAAACACUUAUUAGGUCUUCAAUGCCAGAAAAGUUGUAUAAAGAAGAGAUACAAAAUAAAAAAACGGCAAAAGGGCGCCAAUAUGUGAAAAAGAAGAAAAAUUUAAAAGAAGAGCCUUCAAAAAAGAGUGAUGAGAAGCUUCUUACUAGUGUAAGUCCAGUUAGAAAGGUACGCAAGCGUGUGCGAAAAGAAACCGAAGAACUAGAAUAUAAUGAAAGUGUGGAAAUUCCUGAAAAGUGUUCAAAGAAAAAUGAAAAGCAAGAAAAGUUAAUCAAAGUUAAUCAAAAAAGCAAAAUGACUAAAGAUAAAAACGAAAGAGUAACGCCAAAAUUAUCGAUUACAAAGAAAAAAAUGAAGAAAAAUAAAUUACCAAUUGAACGAAAUGAGAGAAAACGCAAAAAUAUAAAAACAAGCAAUGGAAAAAAGGAAAUUACAGGGAAACCAAGAAAAUCUAAGAAAGUUAAUAUUGAAGCUUUAAAAGAUAAAAAGGUAGAAUCUGUUAAUAUUGAAGCUUUAAAGAAAACAAUACAAGAAAAAGAACAAAAUUUAGAAUCGGCUAAUAUUAAAGCUUUAAAGAAAACAAUACAAGAAAAAGAAUCAAAUUUAGAAUCGGUUAAUAUUGAAGCUUUAAAGAAAACAAUAGUUCAGAAAGACUUAAAGGUAAAAUCUGUCGAACGUUCCAUUAUUAAAUCAUCAGCAAAGAUUGAAGACAAAGUAAAGAAAUGCCCAACAGUUAUGGAGAAAACAAUUGUUAAGAAGUUCGAGCCUGGAUCUGCCAUUAUUAAAGCAUCGCCUAAUAUUGUUGAAGAAGAAAAGCCUCAGCAUAAUAAGUUUUCAGACCAGUCAAAUGGAAUGGAUUUACCAUGUACCUCUGCGGAAGCACGAAAACCUCUAGUUGAAAAGGAAAAAAUUAAGAAAAUUGGUCAACAAAAUGUUUUACAAGCGAUAGCUUUUGAGUCUACUUCGCUUCUUAAAAAACCAGAUAAUGAAAAAACUAAUCAAUAUCUAUUUAAAAAGAAAAAAAUUAAGAAAAUUGGUCAACAAAAUGUAUUACCAGCGAUGGCUUUAAAGUCUACUUCACUUCUCCAGACACCAGAUAAUGAGUGUUCAAACCAUGACGAUUUUUCAGUUUUUAUAAAAAAUUAUUUUGACAUGGUAGAUGAAGAGGAUUUAAAGUAUUUUUCAUCAAAAAAACAGUCAAAUAUAGGUGCAAGUGAGAUUGAGUCCAGUCAACAUCAGUAUUCUAAUUCAACUCCGGCUUGUCUUUUCUUUGAUGGGAAAAGUCCAGCAAAACAAGUAAAAAUCUUGCCAAAAUAUACAAAAGGUCCUGCAAAUUAUAACAAAUUAAUGAAACCAUAUACCAGGAAAAGAGAAUCAAUUUCUUUGUUAAAAAUAAACCAGAAGAAAACAGUGAAAAAAUUUAAUUCUGAGCCCCAAGCAGAAGACAUCAAGGGUAAUAUUAAAAUUAAAAAACGUCAUGGUUGCGGUCAACAUCCGAGUUCUGAUCCAACUCCUGUUCGCCUGCUAUUUGAUGAGCAAAGUCAAGGAAGUCAAGUACAAAACGAGUCAAAAUAUGAAACGAGUGAAGUUAACCCAAUGAUUAGUUCAUUUGAUGAAAGAAGAUUUGCUGAAGAUAUUAUAUUUGAACACUUUUGCACGACAGAUAUACCAUGUCGCUUUAUGGAGUCGCUCCUACAUAUGAUAACAAAAAACCAUAUUUUGCUAGAAUGUAGCUUAGAUGGAGAUACGGUAAUUUAAGUGACUGAACUGAUAUUAAUCACUUUUACAAUCUUUUAAAAAUUUAUU